AUGGAUUCUCACGACAGAGCGGUAGCACAUAUCGCCUCCAGCGUGAAGAACUUUUCUGCUCGGAAGGAGCCAUUUCGAAUCUAUCAUGGUUCAACGAACAGUACUCGCAAGUCCCAAUAUGAGCGGGAGCGAAUGGUCGAUACGUCAGGACUAAACCACAUCCUGCGUGUCGACACCGAAAAAAAAACAGUGAUAGCCGAGCCGAAUGUCCCAAUGGACGCCUUGGUCAAAGCAACCUUGCAGCACGGUCUCCUUCCUCCCGUUGUAAUGGAAUUUCCCGGCAUAACUGUUGGAGGGGGGUUUUCUGGGACUGCGGGAGAGAGCAGCUCGUUCCGGUACGGGUUUUUCGACCGGAUUGUCAACUGGAUCGAGAUGGUUCUCGGCGACGGCCAAGUUAUCAGGGCUUCAAAGACCGAAAAUUCCGAUUUGUUCUUCGGUGCUGCUUCCGCUUUCGGAACUUUGGGAAUCACCACUCUUCUGGAACUCCAGUUGAUUGAGGCAAAGUCAUAUGUCCAUUUGACCUAUUUUCCGGUUUCCGGCAUCUCCGAAGCUCAAAAAGUGAUACAAGAGGCUGCAAAAGAUCAUUCAAAUGAUUAUCUUGACGGUAUCAUGUUUGCUGAGGAUCGCGGCGUGAUCUGCGUAGGUUGUUUGACGAACAAUGUUUCUGGUGGUAAAGUACAAGGCUUCACACGAAGAUCUGACCCUUGGUUUUACCUCCACGUCGGACGAAUGAUGAAAAAUCGAGGUCUCCCGAUUGUAGAAAUAGUUCCAAUCGUUGACUACCUUUUUCGCUACGAUCGUGGAGGGUUUUGGGUCGCAGCAUACGCAUACACGUAUUUCAUCACACCUUUCAACCGGAUCACACGCUGGAUCCUAGACUAUUUCAUGCACACGCGCGUAAUGUAUCUUGCACUGCACAAAAGCGGUCUCGCCUCUCAAUACAUCGUUCAAGACGUCGCCAUUCCUUACUCAAAAGCAGAAGAAUUCAUGCAGUACCUCGAGACAGAGUUCAAACACUACCCAAUCUGGCUAUGUCCAUUGAAACAAAGUGGGAAAGAGAUCGCCUCAACCCAUAGCUUACAAGUCGAAAAAACCAACCGCAAGAUGCCAAAAAUGAUGCUCAACUUUGGCGUCUGGGGACCAGGACCUAAACGCCGCGACGAAUUCGUAUGGUGGAAUCGCGCCUUUGAGCGGAAAGUCCACGAGCUUGGAGGUCAGAAGUGGUUAUAUGCUCAAGCAUAUUAUACGGAGGAGGAAUUUAAUGAUAUAUAUAAUCGAAAGGAAUAUGAUGCUUUGAGGGAGAAAUAUCAUGCUAGCUACCUUCCUACGGUGUAUGAUAAAGUCAAAGUUGACAUCGCAAAGGAAGAACAAGCUUCUAGGGAAUCUUGGGUGGCGUGGCUGGCUAUGCUGUUCUGGAGUAUUUGGCCGCUGGCGGGUUUGUAUGGUGUGUAUAAGGCUGUUAGGGGCGGUGAUUAUCUUUUACCAAAGGCGUCGAAGAGAACGAGGUGA